ACUGAAAACUGCCUGGUCGAUUUUUCUACUACUGGGAUCAAACCGUGGCGGCUGCAAACAAGUGUCGGACGGCGGCUGACGAGCAGUCCGGGGAUGGGAAAUGCACUAUAAACGCAGUUGGAAAAGUCCGUACAGAUUUCUGUGAAUCUCUGCGUCGAGAUGGCCUUCUUUAAGAGCAACUUCUGGGGGGAGAAAAAUGCCGGCUUUGACGUGCUCUACCACAAUAUGAAGCACGGCCAGCUGGCAACCAAGGAGCUAGCCGAGUUUGUCCGUGAGAGUGCUGCUGUUGAAGAGACUUACUCCAAAUCAAUGAGCAAACUAGCCAAGAUGGCCAGCAACGGAAGUCCACUGGGGACCUUUGCUCCCAUGUGGGAUGUGUUCAGGGUGUCUUCGGACAAACUGGCCCUCUGCCACCUGGACCUGAUGAGAAAGAUGAACGAUCUCAUCCGGGACAUCAACAAGUACGGAGACGAGCAGGUCAAAAUUCACCGCAGGACAAAGGAGGAGAUGGUGGGAACCGUUGAGGCGGUGCAGGCGGUCCAGGUCCAGAACGGCCACCUCCAGAAGUCCAAGGAGGGGUAUCACACCAAGUGUUCGGAGCUGGAUCGGCUCAGGAAGGAGGGAGCUCCACAGAAAGAACUGGAGAAGGCGGAGCUGAAGUCUAAGAAAGCCGCUGAGUCAUUUGCGCUGAGCAUCGAGAAGUACAACCGCGUGGGUGGAGAGUUUGAGCAGAAGAUGAGCGAGUCCUCCCAGAAGUUUCAGGAAAUCGAGGAGGCCCACCUGCGCCAGAUAAAACAGCUGAUUAAAGGCUACUCGCACUCCAUAGAAGACACGCAUGUUCAAGUGGGACAGGUCCACGAGGAAUUCAAGCAGAAUGUGGAGAACAUCGGCAUCGAUAGCCUCAUCCAGAAAUUUGCAGAGUCGAAGGGGACGGGCAAAGACCGGCCAGCUCUUGUUGGUUUUGAGGAAUACGUGACGGCUUUGCCACCAGAAGGUGGGAAAAAGAGUCGCGCAAAAGCCUUCAGGAUCCCCGGCCUCGGCAAGCGAGACAAGGAGCCCGACUCUACAGACUCCACUGUGACGGAGACACUGAAUUUACCCCUGGAAGUAGAUGAUGAGGGAUUUGUCAUCCGAGCAGACAGCACGCACAAUGGCUGCUCUGAAGACAAGGAGAACAACUUUUACUCCAGUGACUCGGACUUUGAUGACGAGGAGCCCAAGAAGUUCCACAUCCAGAUCCGACCGGUGGUCAGCAGCGGUCGCAGCAACCCUGCUGCCACGGAGAAGGAGCUGAAGGCCACCGUCGGGGCGCUGACGCUGCCGCCCAACAGAGGGGUCCGCCAGCAGGUGUCAAUCAAGCGGCACCUCUCCAGGAACUCGAGUACUGCAGGAGGUCUGUCAGAAGAUGGAGAAGUUGCAUCCCACAGGGAUGGAGAGCAGGAGGGUCUGCGCCGAUCCACCUCCAGUCCUGAUCACAGCAGGUUGAGUUCAACAGCAUCUGCGGCAGACAGUCUGUUCGGACCACCUCUGGAUUCGGCCUUCAAGUCCAAAAGCUUUGACAGCCGAGAACAAGUCCGAGAGCAGAGCACUUUUGAUGCCUCUCAAUAUGCUGCCUUCUCGUCGGACUCCUCCUCUCCAGAGAACGUUGAAGACUCCGGCCUGGACUCGCCUUCCCAUCAGCCCCUUGGGCCCUCCCCCGAGCCGGCGGGUUGGGCGGCCUGGCCUCCGCUCUCACAGAGCAAAGAGAACAUGCCAAAACUCGGACGGCCCGUGGACCCCUUCCUCUCGGUUUUCCGUGACCCCUCCCCCGGGCGGGGUCCUCGCCUGCAGGACGACGCCGCCAGCGCCUGGUCCGUCGCCUCGUCGCGGCCCUCCCGUGUCCCCCCAGAUAGGGACAUUUCAGCCAUACGGUUCCCCGCUUUUUCCCAGUCCCUCCCCCCGUCCGAGGUGGAGCUGUCGGUGUGGAACUGCAAACACAUCCCCCCCGAGGACCCCUUCCUUGCUGCGUUUGAGAGACCGUCCGCCCAGGAGACUUUGAACCUGUCGGACGCCUGGGCGCGACCCCCGCCUCGCGGGACCCAGGAGGGCAGGCGGGGGGAUGCGCGCGGAGACCCGUUCGCCGUCGCCCUCAACGACACCACGACACUCCCACACACCUCCUCCUGCUGCUCCUCCUCCUCCAAUCGUAAAAACAAAGACAGGAAAAGAGACCAGAGCCUCCCUCCUCCUGUUACACCUGACGACCCGUUUGCCAUCACCAUGAUUGGCAGCCCGACGCACCAGUCGUCGCUGGCGGCGGCGGCAGCAGCUGGCUUCGUCCCUCCACACAGCAGCAGCAGGCUGGUACCUGAUACCAACUCGAGCUCUUUGCCCACCUGUCAGUCCAAGAAGGAGCUGAUUCACUGGAACUCUUUCCACAACCCAUUCAGCGAAGGCGGCUCCAAAGCACAGGAAGGAGGGGGCAAAGGCAAAGUAGGUGGCGAGAGGAAGAAGCAUCGAUCAUCAGACAGCGAGCCGCGCAGGAACGCCCCCCCCCUCACGAGGCAUUCAGGACCACAGGAGGAUUUGUGUUUUUCCACAGAUAAAGAUCAAGACUGCCUGGAUUUGAACUCUCAGAUAACCUGCAGUAUCAGCUCGCACAAGGGAUCCCAGCACAACUUCAGACAGGACACGGCGGAGGGUGAAGCUCCUCAGAGAGCAACGCGAGCCAGGAGGACGUCGGGCCGACUCGGCGGCUGCGAGAGAUCGCGGUCUCUGUGCUCCUCUCCGCUGCCGGAGCCCAGCCCUUCCCUCACCUCCUCCUCCUCCUCCUCCAGUUCCAGCGAGUGGGGUCCUCAGGUCAGGGACAACACUUGGGGGGGCCAAAACCGAGCGCCCAGUCCCGGCAGAGCUGGACAAGCCUCACCUCUGCCUUACCAGCACCAGGACCACCAACAAAGGGCGUUGCACCUGUCCCGAGGUCCCAGUCCCAUUUCGCUCAGUGCACAGGAGGCGUGGCCUGUGGCUGCAGCCAUUACAGAAUAUAUCAAUGCCUACUUCAAAGGUGGACAACACAACCGCUGUCUGGUGAAGAUCACAGGAGACCUGACCAUGUCCUUCCCUGCUGGAAUCACCCGGAUCUUCACAGCCAACCCAAACGUUCCCGUGCUCAGUUUCCGACUGGUCAACACCUCAAGAAUCGAUCACUUCCUGCCAAAUCAAAAGCUGCUGUACAGUGAUCCGUCUCAGAGUGACCCGGACACCAGAGACUUCUGGUUCAACAUGCAGGCUCUGCAGCUCUACCUGCAGAGGGAGGCGGAGCUCAACCCUCAGGCCUCGUACUACAACAUCGCGCUGCUCAAGUAUCAGGUGUCGUCCCAGGACCCGGGUCGGGCUCCCCUCCUCCUGUCGGCAGAGUGUCAGCGUAGCGGCACGGUGACGCGGGUGUCACUGGACUACCACUGCUGCCCCGCCACCGCGCCCUCCACCCAGCUCGCUGCCGUUCAGGUGCUGCUGCCACUGGACCACGCUGCCACCGAUGUGCAGUGCCAGCCUCCCGCCUCCUGGAACGCAGAGGAAAGACGGUUGCUGUGGAAACUCCCAAACAUCUCGCCCACCAACCACAGCAAAGGCUCGGGGACUCUGUGUGCCAGCUGGCAGUGCCUCGAAGUCCCCCGCGGUCCCCCCCCCAGCCUGGCUGUGCAGUUUUUGGGCUCCGGGGCCUCGCUGUCGGGGAUGGACGUGCAGCUGGUGGGAAGCCGCUACCGCAUGUCGCUGGUCAAGAAGAGAUUUGCCACAGGGAAGUACAUGGCCAGCUGCUCCUUGUGAAGCGUGUGGAGGAACAUCGCUGCAGGGUCAGAACUUUGCACUGUUUCCAAGUCCAGUGGCAGAGGAUGAAGAUGGAGGAGAGGUGAAGACAAUGUGCACUUACUUCUGACUGUGUCCUGCUGCUUUAGGACCAAGCCUUUUCUUCUUCCUGUCUCAUUGAAUGUGUUUGCGUUGUACACUUACUGUUCCUGCCUUAAGCAGCAAACUCUUUCCUAUUGAAUCUGAAUUAGACAAAAGGAAUAAAUUUAUCUGGAACUGAGUUGCUAUUUAAACUAUAGGAUUUUUAAAUUAUGUUAAUACCUUGAGAAAAAAAAACUUUGUUAAUCUGAUGUUGAUGUUUAAAAUAAAAAUAAAUGUUCUUAGACA